AUGGGUAUCCCAUCGGAACAAUUUAGGGAGACAGUCCGGGCGGCGCUGGACAGGGAUGCCGGCCCGCCUUCGGAACCAUACGACGUCCUGACGCAAGAGCUCGCCACGCUGGAAACACGGGCGGAAGACGUACAGGCGCGGAUUGCCCAGGAGACUCCGAAACUGCUGGACCAAAUGGCGGAGAUUGCCGGCUUGCGAGGGUGGAACGUGCGCCGGUGCGAGGGAGGGGAGGAAGCACUGGAUUAUGUCGUGUCGUUGGUUCGGCGCCUGGGGGCGACGUCAGUGGCGAGGUCGGAACAGCCGGUGUUCGAAUCCAUCCCGGUGGAUGCCGCAAUCGCCGGUGUUGGCGGGCUAUGUUGGCCCGCGGUAUAUGACGGCCCAGCCAGUCGGACAGAGGUGCGGCAACGACUGGCCGAGUCGGGCAUGGGAAUAACCGGCGCCGACUAUGCCAUUGCGGAAACGGGGUCGGUGGUCGUAUUGCCAAGGCGGGGCCUGAGCCGGCUGGUGUCGGUGGUGCCGCCGGUGCACGUGGCGAUUGUCCGGCCUUCGGAUCUUCUAGGUACCCUGGACGACCUGUUCGCCCUGCGACGGCUGGAGUACGUGCGGAACGGGGGCGACAUGGGCAGCUACCUGAAUUUCAUCACCGGUCCCAGUCGCACCGCCGACAUUGAGCAGACUAUCGUAGUGGGCGUGCAUGGCCCCCGCGAGGUCCACAUGGUGCUGUUGAACAAGGAGUAG